AUGAACUCAACAUUCGUCGAAUUCUACUACGACGAUGUGGUGAGCAACGCGAGACUCACCGACGACACCAUCACACCAAUGUCUUACCGCGAUCGGAUUACUGUCGAAUUGACGCUUAAUUUCUGCUCAUGGCUUCUGAAUCUCGCGCUUUUCCUAUUCGUGCGCUUCACGAAAAGCAUUUGGCAGUCGUUAAAGUCGACAAUUGUUUUUGUGACAACCGGAUCGCUUAUUAUAAAUAUUCCGCUGCUAACAUUCCAAUUUUGGAUGGUAAUUAAUCUGCAAUUAGGGCAUGAGCCGCGAUAUUCGAUUUUUCUUUGUUCGUGGCUCAAAAAUUUUUGUAGUUCGACAACCUCGGCAUACCAAGUUUUGCCAUUUGCAGUCUCGAUUUAUCGCUAUCGGACGGUGGUCCGAAAAGAGCAUCCGAGACCAGUUUUUGUUGUUAUUGUUCAAAUAUGGGUUAUUGUUUUAUUUACAAUUUAUGCGAUUCUCAAUUAUCCAUUAGGCGAGAAUUCGACGAACGAUGUGUGCCUCAUUCUUCGGUUCAGUUACGCAAUGGAAAUGAUCAGGAUAUUCACCACAUUAUUCUUCAAUUUUUUCGCAAUUUUUGUCAAUUUCUAUAUUAUGCGGUUUGUCGAGAAUUUCGCGAAAGAAAAUAAAAGCACUCAAAGGAAACGAAUACAACUCACUCGUAGCCUUUUUAUUCAAUCGAUGAUUCCCGUUUUGGUGUCGAUUCCCCUUCUCGCGCUCUCGUUUCAUGUCUAUUUCGGAUUUGAUCUGCCGCCGUCGUUCUCUUCCCAUUGGUACGCCAUGACGUUCCUUGGACCAUUUCUGACUCCUCUCUCUUCAAUUCUGGGUCUCGCGUCGACAAGAAAAGAGCUCAUCAGAACAAUUUCAUGUGGUUAUAUUGCACCAGCUAUUCAAAAAGCUUCAGUGGUUACAGUAAUCGGUCAUCAGUCAUAG